CUAACACGGUUUGUUUAUGAGUACGGUGAAAAAUAAUGUAUUUGGUCGUCAUCGUAGUUGUGGCAUAUCUGUUUUGUUUAAAAUGCAUUUAUUAUCGACAUCGGCGAUCUUUAAAACAUGGAUUGCAUGCGUUAACCAAGUUAGAAACAUAUGGAUCUGAUAUGAACUGUCUCGUUGUAACCGCGCAUCCGGAUGAUGAAUGCAUGUUCUUUGGACCAACGAUCAUACGACUUGUUGAAUGUAAUGUCAACGUGCAUUUGCUCUGUUUAUCGGAAGGGAACUACUACAAUCAAGGUGCUGAGCGUAGACAAGAACUUUUCAACAGCUGUGCUAAACUGGGGAUACCAUCCUCCAGAAUUACCAUACUAAACCACAAGAACCUUCCAGAUGAUCCCAAAGCAGAAUGGAGAGUCUCCCUGGUCAGCUCUAUAAUUGUGAAGCACUUGAGAGCUCAUACAUUCCACAUGGCGCUGACCUUCGAUGGAAGAGGAGUCAGUGGCCAUAGCAAUCACGUAGCUAUCUAUAAAGCUGUCAGGCACAUCGCUUCCACUCACCAACUACCUAAUGACUGCUGUUUGUUGUCCUUGGUAACUGUCAGCCUGUUAAGGAAAUAUGUUUCCUUCCUGGAACUUCCUGUCAGCUGGCUGCUUCCUUCAGUGCUCUGCUGCAUAAUAGGCUCAAAUGGCUACAGGCAGUGCAAAGCUGCCAUGCUUUGUCAUCGCACUCAACUGGUUUGGUUUCGGUAUCUGUACGUCACUUUCUCACGCUACAUGUUCGUUAAUACAUUCCAGAUGAUUCCACGGGGACCAAAAGUUAAUCAAAUGUAUUAGGAUUUUAUACGAUGCUAUUUAUGACUUGAAUAAGCUGACCUAAAUAAACUCAUAAGAGUUUUGCCUCAAAAAUAAGCACAAUUUUAGUAUGUUCAGUCAUUCUUGUGAAAAAAAAAAAGUCAAUCUGCACUGUAUUUUAUGGUGAUCAAAAUACUGAUUUUUAUACCACAGCAAACUUAUUUUGUCUCUUCCAACUGACUGCCCUUCUUUUGAUUUGACAUGUCUUUGAUUGUCUUGUGUGCUUUCAUGCUUUCCUCCCAUUUGUCCCCCAAGAAUUUCUCUACUGAAACACUUUGCACUGUACCUAGAUCCAGACAGUGUGGAGCGACACCUGAAAAGAACAUAAUGGGAAAAAAAACAAAAAAAUAAAGAUCAUGAUAAAACAAAAUUGUUUGCAUCCUAGUUUUUUUGAGUGGAUUUCCGUAUUUGCCUGUCAUGUAAAAUCUGUUUACACCAAACUCACACUAUGCUCAGUUGGGUGUUUGCAGUAUAAAGAAAACAUGUUUACAUUACAUGGAGAAUCAUCAUGUGGUGCGUCAACAAUUCUCCUUCAUACCGUAUCCAUCAGGGUUGGAGCGUGGCGUGUAGAAACUCUGAACACCACACUUUUUGCAGAAGGUGUGCUUUGCAGUGUGAGUAUUGAACGUAUAAGUGGUCAGAUGAUCCUCACCCUAGGAAAAGAAAAAAGAUGAAAACAUGACUGUUUAUAUUUUUUUUUGCCGUUGUAAACUCUUUGAAAAACAGAAUCCCUACCUGCAAAAGAGUAAAGUUGACCUUUGGGACAAUGAAA